GGGGAUGGGAGGAAGGGGCUAGGGUUCGGGGGAGGGGGGAUGGAGGGGGAGAACGAGCUCGAGGAAGGUGAGGCGUACUCCGGCCAGGAGGACGACUCCUGCAUCGACCCCGACGCUCUCUCCUACAUCGAUGAAAAGAUCCAGAACGUACUGGGUCAUUUUCAGAAAGAUUUUGAAGCUGGGGUUUCUGCUGAGAAUUUGGGCGCAAAAUUUGGAGGAUAUGGUUCGUUCUUACCUGCAUAUCAGCGUUCUCCUUCUAUUUUGUGUCAAACUAAAAGUCCACAAAAAGUUCCAAACCAAAAUGUCACAAAAUCUCCCUACAAUCCGUCAGUCGAGGUUACAUACCAGAACCCUUCAGUUAUGAUGAGUUCAUCUUUUCCCAAAAAUAACACUGUUGCUGUGCCACCAUCUGAUGAGUCAUGCAAAAGGGACAUGUCUAUCAAUAAACCAAACAUUCAGGAGCCCACAUCCCAGCACGGCUUUAAGAAAACAGUUAGUGGCACCGACCACAAAACACUAAAAGUUCGCAUCAAAGUGGGUCCUGAUAACGACUUGGCUAGAAUCUAUAGUGGCCUAGGACUUGAUAUUUCUCCAUCUUCAUCAUCCGAGGACAGUCCUAGUAGGAGUGGAGGGAUUUCUCCUGAAUUUCAAGUUAUGCCUGAUGAAUCUCCCAAGACUAUUAUCCAGGUCAUGACAUGUUUGAUGGUUCCUGGAGGUUUUUUACUCUCACCUCUUCAAGAUAGUCUAUUUCAGUUGACGGAAGAAGACAGUUCUUUUAUUAAACAAUGCCAGGGGGGAAAGUCCUACCAUGAACUACCUCAAACGAGUACAGGGUCUGCAGACUUUACUUUACAUUUAGCAGAAGUAAAAUGUCAGAUGGAGAAUCAUAGCAAGUCUACCAAGCAGAAAGCAAAGCCAAGGGAAAUAAAGAGUUCAGAAGGCAAAGCUGAUUUGACUACGAGUUGGGAAAUUGACACUGAAACCCAAGUAAGACAAGAACUUGCUUCUAAUUCAUUGAAUAUGUCAUCGUCCUCCUUCUCGAAGAAUGCUGGCAAAAAAAGGGAAAAACAAAUAGUUGGAAGUCUAACAAAGAAUGACACUAAUAUGUCAGAUCACUCGAGGGAAACAAAGAAGGCCUCAUUGAAGGACGGAUCAACUUUUCCUGGUUUGAUGAAUGAUAAACAUUUUGAAUUAUUUGAAAGUACAACAAAUAAUGCGGCUGGCAAUUCAGGGAAUGAAGUGAUGCUUUCAAAUGAGCAACAUAAUUCAAAAGCAAGCAUGUUACAGAAGGCUUUUGAAGAACAAAGUACGAAUAAUCAUAAGGAUGAGAAAUCUAAUUUGCAGAGUGAAGGCAGAAGCAAAGUUGAGAAAUAUUUUGUUAUGACAAAUACCCACUCGAGUGGAAGUAAAAGGAAGAAUGAGCAAAUAACUGAACCUGAUGAUCAUGUUAAACCAAGUUCUCCUCCAUACAAAGAGAAGACACUACAACGAAAGGACCAAAUAUCUGAUGGUAAAAAGAAAGUGAAGUUAAGUCAAGCUAAUUCUGAAUCAUUUGGGAACUAUUUGAAGGACAGUAUAAGUGGUAAUUCAUCUGCAAUGCCAAAGGAAAAGAAGAAAACUUCUCAUGCAAAAGUAGGCCAUGCUGAUAAGAAGUCUAAAGUUCUAAAUUCACGUACAGAUUCGAGUGGGGCUGGCAUUAGAGAAUCCAGUGGAUAUGUAAACUGGGAUGCCAAAACUGAACUGUUGGAGAACGGAGUUGGUUCACUGGAUUUUCGUUCAAAGGGUAAGCAGAAGGCCAUAAAAGCUAAGCACGAGAAGGAGCCCAUAAUGUCUACUCAUAUUUUUAAUGAAAAGCCAAUUGAUAGAAACGCCGAGAAAACUCAGAUCCCAGGAGCAUCGGUUAGCGAGAAAACUCAGAUCCCAGGAGCAUUUGUUAGUGGACAAAUACUUGCUCCGUCGUCAACGUACAAUGCCCCAGCUAUGGGUGCAACUGUUGCCCCUCAACCUCCUGUUUUUAUCAACGAGCAUUGGGUAUGUUGUGAUAUAUGUCAAAAAUGGCGCCUUUUGCCAUAUGGGACUGAUCCUGAUCAUCUUCCCAAGAAAUGGCAGUGCAGUUUGCUCAAUUGGUUGCCUAGGAUGAAUAGUUGUGACAUCAGUGAAGAGGAGACAACAAAUGCUCUACGUGCAUUAUAUCUUGUCCCUGCCCCAGAAAAUAGUGCUAGCUUAAAUGUCCAUCAUGAUGUCGUUUCUACUAAUGUGUCUUGGGCCAGCGGAGUGCAUCUUGGUCAGAAUCUUGAACCUGGUUUUCCAAAUGUGCCUACUGUUGCUAAGAAGAAAAGUGGACUAAAGUGUGAUUUAGAUUUACCACAUUCAACUUCUAGUCAGUUUUCAAAUUCUGUGAAAAAGGAUCAACACACGUCUGUUAAAUUUAGAAGUUCAAAUGAUGCAAAUCAGUAUCCUCCUUUUGAAUUGAACUCAUCAAACAAAGGUGUCCCUGGUGAUGCAAGCAGAUCAUCUGACUUCAAUGCAGAGAAGCAGAAGCCAAAGCAAAAAGAUAAGCAUAAAAAACGUGGUUCCUACUCAGAUGGAGGUGAUCAUAGUGGAAAAAUUGAAAAACAUUCAAAAUCAAAAAGCAAGAGAGAAGUUGAUCAAGAUGAUCUUAGAGCACCUAAGAAACCUAAGAAAGAAAGCUUGCAAUAUCCUAGCAAAGAUUGUUCUGAGCAUGAUGUAGGUGAUAAGGUUUUUGUGGAAACUGAUAUUGGUGGUAGUUCAAAUAAGGUAAUUGCUAAUAAUGAGCCUAGGUGGAAUAGUUUUCCUUUGUCCAAAGGCUCAAAAUGUGAUUUGAAUGGCAAUUACUCAUCAUCUAAGAAGUUAGGGGAUGAAGUUCAAUCCAUCACAAAUGGGGAAAGUAAGCAACAUUUUGUAGCCUCAGAUGUAGAUAAGUUAAGUAUUAUGGACAUUUCCACUAAGAAGAAAAAAGGGAAGGAGCGGCAAGGAAGUCAGCAUGGUGAGGAGGUUCAUGUGACUACCAAGCAUGUGUUAGAAAAUGAGGUUAUUGUUCAACGAGCUCCUGGUCCUGCAGAGCCUGUAAGGGACAAGAAGGCUGAGCUAACAAUGUCUGUAGGAAAGGGAUCUAAAACAACUAAGCUAAAUGACAGGAUGGAUACGAAAGGUAACAUGACCAAAAUGAUUCUGCCUGCCAGUGGAGAGCAUCUAACGUCUGGAAUGGAUAAUGAGGUCCCAUAUGUGGUGGAAAAAAAGCAUCGAUCCAGUCAGAGCGAAGGGAACAUAGCAUCUCAAAGGGCUCUGGACUUUGAUUCCUCGAAGAGAGAUGUCAUGUUUACACAGCCUCCAGUAGCUGAGGCUGCUAACUCAAGUUCUUCAAAGGUUUCAGGCUCCCGCAAAAGUAGAUCCAAUCUUCAGGAAACAAAGGGUUCUCCCGUUGAGUCAGUUUCUUCAUCACCUUUGAGGAUUCCUAGUUUUGAAAAAUUAUCACACAAAAGCAUCUUGGAGCAAAGGAAUGGUGCCACCAAUUCUGGUUUUCCUGCUUUGGGGAAACCCAGAAUAUGUUCGGAUAGUGAAUUUGAUGGUGGAAGUGGCCGUUCUGUAAAGGGUAAGAAACCCUUUUCUGUUCAACAACAAUCUUUAGAAACUCAUAAAGCAGCAAAUUCUGGAAUUCUAGAUUCUUUGGAGGGAACAUCUGACUACCUCAGAAAGGAAAGAAAUAAAUCAUCUGAUGGCAAAUCUGAAGAAAGGUUGCAUGUGAAACUGAGUGCUCAGAAUGAUUCUUCACCUGCUGAGCUUGGAAAACAUUCAUACAGGGAUGAUAUCCAAGACAUGGGUAAAGUGAACGGCCACCAACUAGUGAAUGACUCUAGUCAGCGAAAGUCUGGUAAGAAUUCUUCAGGAUUCAAAGAGAAACAUAGAGGUUCUAAGUCUGUUUUGGAUAAGAGUAGGCUUAAGGUUUCUGGUUCCUAUAAUGAGCACAAAGAUUUGCAUUCUUUAAAGAAUGGCAGCAAUGGCAGACGUGAGGCUAGCUUUGUUUCUGGUGAACAUUGUGUGUGUCCUGAUGAUUUGAGGAAUGAAGAAGGCAACUUCCAGGGAGAGGAUGAAAAGGAAUUCUUGGGGAAGAAAGAUCCUAAUUCGAAAUAUAUGACAGGUAGGCGAGGUAAUAGCUCAACUUCUGCAGUGCAAGAAGACAUGGAUGGUGUUCCCUCCUCGUUCUCUAAUCCACAAAGGGAUUUAGACUCAAAAAUACCAGUUGGAACGAGAUGUGUUAAACCAGAUUUUCAAGUGGGACCUUCUUUCCACAAUGAAAAAGCACUGAACCAUCCUUAUUUAGAUAGGAUCAAUUGCCCAGAACCACCAUCUGGACUGGGUAAGUCACAAUUGAAACUUUCUUGUGAUAAACUAGAUACUCAGCCUCGGGGUCGUCAUAUGGUCACUUCACCUCUUAAAGCGAGUAGAUCUGAUGAUGUAGCUGAUGCAGUAAAUUCUGAUACAUCAAAGGUGGUCAAACAACACAGAUUACAAGAUUGUCACAAUGGAUUGCACAAUAAUAAUCUAAGACAUGCCACUCCUUUUGUAUCUGAUUCAUCAAGUCCACUAAGAAAGGAAAAUUGUGCUGCUGUUUUGAAAGAAGCAAGAGAUCUGAAGCACUCGGCCAAUCGCUUAAAGAGUGAAGGACUAGAACUUGAGAGCACUGGCCUGUACUUUGAGGCAGCUUUAAAGUUUCUCCAUGUUGCUGCUCUCAUGGAACCUGUUAAUUUUGAUAGUGCUAAACAAGCAGAAGCUGCACAAAUGUACUUUGAAACAGCAAAACUGUGCGAGUUUGUGGCUCAUGAAUAUGAAAAGGUAAAAAUCAUGGCUGCUGUUUCUCUAGCAUACAAGUGUGUGGAAGUGGCCUAUCUGAAGACUACAUACUGUAAAAGUCCUAAUGCAACCAAAGAUCGGCAUGAAUUACAAUCAGCUUUUCAAAUCCUUCCUCCAGGUGAAUCACCAUCUUCUUCUUCGUCAGAUGUUGAUAAUUUAAACAAUCAGGCUAUAUUAGGUAAGAAUGCUUCAGCCAAGGGUGUUAGUUCUCCUCAAGUUGCUGGCAACCAUGUUAUAGCUGCACGCCAUCAUCAUCAAGUUGUGCGGUUGCUUCAUUAUACAAAUUAUCUAAAUUGUGCAUUCGAAGCAACUAGGAAAUCGGAAGCUGCUUUUGCAGCUGCUAGUGUAAGCCCAAGAAAGGACAGGACAGGCUGCUUAUCUUCUGUAAGAAAGGUUCUUGAUUUCAACUUUCACAACGUAGAAGAGUUGUUGCGAUUUGUACGACUUUCAUUGGAGUGCAUCGGUCGUUAGAAGUUCGAGACAAGGGAAGAACUCUUUGUGAAUGGGAACUUUAGAUUAUGUCUCUUCUUUUGCAGUCUCUGCUACGUGGACAUGCUGGGGUGAAAAAUAGUGAUCAGUGGGAUUUUGACUUUUCUGAUAGGACAUUAUGUUAUCCUGAUGGUUCAUUUCCUGGAAGAUAUGUACACAGUGGUCAGCAUGCAAAUUUUUGUAAAGUAUUUUUUGCAGUCUUUGUUGUUUUAGACACUGAUAAGGUCUUAGCCAUCAACCAACAGCAUUAGAGAUAUGAGAUCCAAAUUGGGUUUCUUACUAGUCUGCCCCAGCACAAGGUGACAACUAUGCAAGACACAAGGGCAUAUGUCUUUCUCCAGAAGAAUUUGCUUAUGUCUUUCUCCAGAUGAAUCUGGGCAGCAAUAGUUUCAUGGUUGAAUAAAUUGACAUGUUAUGGAUUUACCUUAUCUUCAAGGCCUUCUCUUCAGCCACUUCAAAGUAUCUGGAAGUUUGGAACUGGUACAUAUAUGAAAUGCUUUAUGUUGAGGCAGUUUGGUACAAAGUGCCAAAUAUCUCCUUUUUUAAUUCUACAAGGCCGAGCACAACUGACUACCUAUUCUGGCGACAUCUGUAAUAUUGUUGUUUAUACUAACAUAGCUGGGGGCAAGGAGUACUACAGUUUAGUUGAUGUUGCCAUCAGACUCCAAGCAAAGAGUUCAGAAGGUUGGACAUGGCUGUAUGAUUUGGCAACAGCACGGCAGCUCUACUAUUAUUCUUGAUGUUUUUUCAUUGAGAACUGUGCAUACGAGUGUUUGGAGUUUGACCUCUGACCAUCUGCCCCAUGUACAUUUAAACAAUAGUUCAAUGAAUUGAUUCAUUUUAUAAUAAAUUUUUGAUGUGGUUAACAAAUGAUAA